AUGUGUCGGGGAUAUUGCCAAGGGGAGGAGUGUUGUGGGGGCCCCACCAUAGGGGACUCAGACCAGCGGCUGAUUCUGGGCAUGAACGUGGGGGACGAGUGCCAGACGCUUCCUGGGGAGCUGCGGACACCCACACAGGAGGGUGAGGAGCUCAGGGCUCCUAUCCCCAAGAAUGUCUGCAGUAGUGAUGAAACCAAGAUGCCGUCGAUGGACCAGGAAGAUGUGGAGGAAGAGCUGGACCCCAGGAUACAGGAGGAGCUGGAGCAUCUCAACCAGGCCAAUGAGAUCAACCGGGUGGAACUGCAGCUGGACGAAGCCAGGACCACAUACCGCAGGAUCCUCUCUGAAUCGGCCAGGAAGCUCAACACCCAGGGCUCCCAGCUGGGGAACUGCAUCGAGAAAGCGCGUCCGUACUAUGAGGCCCGUCGCCUGGCCAAGGAGGCUCAGCAGGAGAUGCAGAAGGCAGCACUGCGGUACGAAUGGGCGGUCAGCAUCCACAACGCCGCCCGCGAGAUGGUCUUUGUGGCGGAACAGGGCGUCAUGGCCGACAAGAACCGGCUCGACCCCACUUGGCAGGAGAUGCUCAACCAUGCCACCCGCAAGGUGAAUGAGGCGGAGGAGGAGCGGAUGCAAAGCGAGCGGGAGCACCAGUGCGUCACUCGGCUCUGCCAGCAGGCGGAAGCCAAGGUGCAGAGCCUGCAGAAAUCCCUCAAGCGUGUCAUCGUAAAGAGCAAGCCCGACUUCGAGCUCAAGGCCCAGUUCAACCAGAUCCUCGAGGAGCACAAGGCCAAGGUGACGGGGCUGGAGCAGCGGGUCUCCCAAGCCAAAAGGCGCUACUCGGUGGCGCUUCGUAACCUGGAGCAGAUCAGUGAGCAGAUCCACGCCCGGCGGCUGCAGCGCCUCAUCCAAUGCCGGGCCUCGCCAGUAGGGGCAGAGGCAGGGGCUGGCCUGGGUGCUGAGUGCCCCCCCACGGACACGCUCUCCAUGCUCAGCUUGCAGACCAUUGCCUCCGACCUGCAGAAGUUUGACUCAGUGGAGCAUCUGCUGGGGCUGUCGGACGCCACCAGUCUCAACAGCGAUGAGCUGGAGGAGCAGGAGCAGCGACGGGGCGGACAGAGCCAGUUCAAGCACCACCGCAGCGUCAGCCUCUAA